AUGGACCACUCGCAGCGUCGGCUCUCGAUGGGGAUGAUGAACAGCCACCACUCCGAGGCCGAGUACCUGGACCUCGCCAACCACCAGCCCCCGCCCUACAGCCUCUCGCUCGAGCACUCGCACUCGAUGGGCAUGCCCCACGGCCACUACAUGGACGACGGCGAAGACCAGUACGACCUCUCGGGCCAGAUCGUCUCGCCCAAGAACAACGCCAAGCCCUCGCUCUACAAGACCGAGCUCUGCAAGCGCUUCUCCGAGUACGGCAGCUGCCGCUACGGCGCCAAGUGCCAGUUUGCUCACGGCAUGCCCGAGCUUCGCCACGUGCUCCGCCACCCCAAGUACAAGACCACCAAGUGCAAGUCCUACUGGGGGUCGGGCCACUGCCCUUACGGUAGCCGCUGCCGCUUCAUUCACGAAGAGGAGCCCGUCGGCCGCUCGGGGUCGAUGUACAAGUCGAGUGGCUUGUCUCCACGUAACGAGAUCUCCCCCACGUCCCAAGGCGACCUCUCGUUCCUCAACGCCCAGUACAACUCGGACCUCCCCGCAUCGAAUGGCCUCAUGCCUUACAACUCGGACCUUGGCAUGCUCAACGGCCAAUCGUCGCCGACGUGGCUCUCGGGCGAAGUCGCUUCGACGCCGACGUUCUUGCGCAGCCCGUCUGAGCACACGUACGCGCCCAAGACGAGCCCAAUCGGCCCGCCCAAGAAGUCGCCUUCAAUGAGCAACGUCCUGGACCAGAGCGUCGAGUACAACGGCUUGCAAGACGCGAUCGGCGUGCUUCUCAAGUUUUCGCAGUCGUUCCCGGACAACGAGGCGCCGGCGCCGACCGUCGGUGCCUCCUCGCCCAAGGUUGGCCUUCCGCCCACGGUUCCCGCCGGCUCGUCGCUCAAGUCGCCGCUCAAGCGCGACCUCUCGCUGCAGGCCGACGAGCUCUGGAAGGACUUUUCGGCGGUCUCGAUUGGCGGCAGCGGCGACGCGACCGACUCGUCGUCGCCCUCGGACUGGUUCCUCUCCUCGGACAACGGCGGCCUCGGCGGCGCGGACCUUCGCGAAGAUUCCGCGUCCCGCUUGAGCUUCUUUACCCAAUUCAAGUGA